AUGAUGCUGCUCUGCGUGGUGUUCUUUUUCAACGGUUUUCAAACCGUGUUUUUUGGCGCAAUGUACACUGCUUCUCUGGCUGCAACAACUCGCAUGGACAGUCACGAAAUUGCCAUCGCAUACGCUAUGUUGGCCAUUGGAGCUGGAGAAUUUUGCGCCGGCACAUUCUUCGGGAUUUCGGGCAACAGUCGUGGAUCGCAAUUCGGAAGAAAACGGGUGGCCGUUAUUGGGACGUGCUUGCUGCUGGUGGCAAACGUUUUGUCCAUUAUCAAUUUGCCGCCGGAUGCGCCGCUUCACGAGACGGAUAAUAUUGGAUUCAUCGAGCCUAGAAUCUCGAAUGAACAGAAUCUCGAA